UCCUAAGCCAGGCCAAACACAAACUACCAUCAACCGCCCCACCCAUCUAUCAUCAUCAACUCGCUCUCCAUCUCCAUCCAUCGGCCAUCCGUCUAUACCGAUCGAUAUAUCACCAACCCUUCAUACGCGCCCCUCCGACCACAAUCGAGACAUCAGCCAGCAGCCAUGGCGCUCAAUAGCUUCUUCCACAACAAAAUCGAGUCGAUGAAAUUGGAGAUCAUCGAGCGGAACUCGAAGCUACGGAGAUUAGAAGCCCAGAGGAAUGACUACAACUCUCGAGUACGGCUACUCAGAGAGGAGCUCGGAUUGCUACAACAGCCUGGAUCGUAUGUCGGCGAGGUGGUCAAGGUGAUGGGUAGCAAACGGGUUCUGGUCAAGGUCCAUCCGGAGGGCAAAUACGUCGUCGAUGUUGCGGACAGCGUGGAUGUAUCGAAGUUGACCCCUGGAAAGCGUGUCACCCUGCUGUCGGACUCCUACCGGCUGGAGAGGAUAUUACCCAGCUCUGUCGACCCUCUCGUCUCGCUGAUGAUGGUCGAGAAGGUCCCCGAUAGUACAUACGACAUGAUCGGAGGUCUUGACCAGCAGAUCAAAGAAAUCAAGGAGGUGAUCGAGCUUGGACUCAAGCACCCGGAGCUGUUCGAAUCCCUCGGCAUAGCGCAGCCCAAAGGAGUGCUUCUCUACGGUCCCCCGGGUACGGGGAAAACCCUUCUUGCGCGUGCCGUCGCCCACCAUACCGACUGCAAAUUCAUUCGUGUCUCCGGCUCGGAGCUGGUGCAGAAGUACAUAGGCGAGGGUUCGCGAAUGGUGCGCGAGCUAUUCGUGAUGGCUCGGGAACACGCACCCAGCAUUAUCUUCAUGGACGAGAUUGACAGCAUCGGCAGCAGUCGUGUGGAGGGCAGCUCGGGCGGAGAUUCCGAGGUGCAGCGAACUAUGCUCGAGCUCCUCAACCAGCUCGAUGGUUUCGAACCCACAAAGAACAUCAAAGUCAUCAUGGCCACCAACCGUCUCGACAUCCUCGAUCCCGCCCUCCUCCGUCCCGGUCGUAUUGACAGGAAGAUUGAGUUCCCCCCGCCAACUGUCGAGGCCCGCGCAGACAUCCUCCGUAUUCACUCGAGAUCCAUGAACCUUACUCGUGGCAUCGACCUCAAGAAGAUCGCCGAGAAGAUGAAUGGCUGCUCCGGCGCAGAGCUGAAGGGUGUCUGUACCGAGGCCGGAAUGUACGCGCUGCGUGAGCGCAGGAUCCACGUUACCCAGGAGGACUUUGAUCUGGCGACCGCGAAGGUCCUCAACAAGCAUGAUGACAAGGAGAUGAGUUUGUCCAAACUCUGGAAGUAGAGUUAUUGGGAUUGCUGUUUGUCUUUCAAUGGAAUGUUCACCUUUUUUUUUUUACGCAUGGCAAUCAUUUGGAGUGGUCGAGUAAAUAAGCCGUGUAGGAUAGAUAUACAUGGGUAUGUGCAAAUGAUGAGGGACCAUUGCUCAGGUUGAAC